AACAUGAUCAGAAGAUAGCAACAUACACCAUGAUCAUGGCGCCCCGGAAGAGGAAUCGUCAUGCGUUGGGAUUUCUUUGUUGUUUUGGGGGUAGUGACCUCCCUGAAAUCAACCUUAAGGACAAUAACCCCCUCCAGUUCCUUGAGUUUUCUGUCCCAAUCCCACCAGCAGAGGAGCUCAAUGCUAGAUUCUCUGAACUUGUGGAUGAAUUGGAUCUCACAGACAAGAACAGAGAGGCGAUGUUUGCACUCCCUCCAGAGAAGAAAUGGCAGAUUUACUGCAGCAAAAAGAAGGAACAAGAAGAUCCUAACAAGCUUGCUACCAGCUGGCCAGAUUACUACAUUGACCGUAUCAAUUCCAUGGCAGCAAUGCAGACUCUGUAUGCUUUCGAUGAAGAAGAAACAGAAAUGAAAAAUAAAAUAGUUGAAGACUUGAAGACAGCUCUGCGGACUCAGCCCAUGAGGUUUGUGACCAGGUUUAUUGAGCUGGAUGGCCUGAGCUGUUUGCUGAACUUCCUGAAGAGCAUGGACUAUGAGACCUCAGAGAGCCGUAUACACACAUCCGUUAUAGGGUGUAUCAAGGCACUGAUGAACAACUCCCAAGGACGGGCUCAUGUCCUGGCUCAUCCAGAGAGCAUCAACAUCAUCUCCCAGAGCUUACGGACUGAGAACAUUAAGACCAAGAUUGCUGUGCUGGAGAUCCUAGGGGCUGUCUGCUUGGUACCAGAUGGUCACAAAAAAGUCUUGCAAGCCAUGCUUCAUUAUCAAGUCUAUGCUGCAGAAAGAACAAGAUUCCAG